AUGUCACAAUCAUCAUCAUCAUCAUCAUCGCUUGCUUCAGACGCCGCACCAGCAGCAGAGGCGUCACCUGAUAAUAGCGAUAACAUGGUAUCCAGAGGUCCUUCGAUCGACUACAACAAAGCUCUCAACAAUAACGACAACGACAACGACGACUCUGAACCGAAUCCAGCGGUUCCUAGUUCUGCAGAAGAUGAAGGAUUCGUUGGUGAAUUCAUGCUGAAUGAUGAUCCAGAUGAAAAGAAAAGACAAAGGCCUGUCUCCUUCAGCAAGAAGCUCCGACGUCUAAGUUUGGGAAAGAACAAGAUUAAACCUUCCGAGCAAAACGAUGGUAAUGACAGCGACAAUGAUUCUGUUGGACUCAUGAGCACAGGGAACAGUAAAUCCUCAGGUCGAUCAAGCCGUGGACGAUCCUCGCGUCGUGAUCAAAUGCGAGAGGCACUGGAAUCGGGCUCCAAUAGUAUUCGCAACAUUCGAAGCAAGUCGCCUUCGGUAUUGCGCCGAUUGCGACGACGAGACAGUAAUGAUAGUUGCUCGACACUCAUGCAGCGACUAGGAGAUGACGAUGAUCAUGACGAUGAUCAUGAAGAAGCUGACGAAUUGGCCCAUAGCGAACGCGUAACAAGAACUACCGAUCAUAGCGAACGCGUAACAAGAACUACCGAUCUGGGAGGGGAUCAGCCUCACCAAAUUGUCCUCACUGAUACCAAUUUGCUGACAGGCGAUGUCGAGGAUGACCUAUCGGAUGACGAAGACACUGUUUACAGCCAAUUUCAACCCUCUCUGAAUCUUUCCCUUCGCGCGGAGCGAUCCAUGUUUGUAAAAUAUAAUGAUUCGUCUGAUGAUGACGAUGGCGUAAUUGACCCGGAAAACAACAACGGGGAUCCAAUGGUCGUGGUGGUGACGAACAAUGAUUUUGCCAACAGUGAAGCCUCACUGGACUUAUCCGUCCGAUCCGAAGCUGCCGAAACGGAAUCAGCAACCGACAACGUCAGAAAAACAGCAUCGCGUUCACCCAAGCGACAACGAGGUACUCUCUCUAGACGACAACAGCACCGAGCCAACGGGAUGAAUGGGCGUCUUUCGGUUAGUCCAAAACGCAACAAAGAUUCUGUUGCCGCCAGACCCAAACGACAUUCGACUUCCGCCACCACCAUCCCCAAACGUCACUCGUCUGUUCCGAAAAAUGCCUUAAAAUCUGCAGACGCUGGCACGCUGCUCUCUCCUUCUGAAAAGAGAUCAUCCUUGACUGGCACAACCAGCAAACAGCAACGGGAGAAGUCACCCAAACGGGAAAAAGCAUCCAAACGAGAAAAAACGCUCAAACGGGAAAAGUCACCCAAACGUGUCCGGGACAAGAAGAAGGAGCGACGAAAGAGCACAGAGGAGCUCGAGGUGGUGGAGCAACAACAAUAG